AUGUUUAAGAUUGUAGCACAAAUAGGGAAGCCAAUCAAAAGAGAUCAAGCUACAACAUGUAGAGAUAAGCUGCAGUUUGCUAGGGUAAUGAUUGAUGUCCCACUGACUCAAGAGUUGCCUGAACAUGUUUCAUUUAGAGAUGAGAAUGGAACAAUGGUAAGAGCUCCUGUUUUCUAUGAAUGGAAGCCAACACAGUGUACUAAGUGCAAGAUGAUGGGACAUUUGCAAGGUGAUUGUAGGCAAGGUAGGAAAAGAGUUUGGGUUAGGAAGCAACCUGCAAUACCUACUCAAAUAGCUCAAGUGACUAGUCCUAUUGUGGAUCAGGAAGGUUUCCAAAGAUCAUUAAGGCCCAUAAGGGUGAGAUUUGAGUCAGAACAACCAGUUAGAACUUCUAAUGCUUUUCAGUGCAAGGGGUUGUACAAGGGGGUGAUCCAACUGGAAGAGGGGACUCUUCUGAAUCUUAUGGAUAGAGUGUUAGCUUGGAAUGUUAGGGGUCUGAACUCCACACAGAAACAGGAUGAAGUCAAGCAUUUCAUUCAGAAGUAUGCUGUGGGUUUAGUUGGGCUCCUAGAACAUAAGGUAAAGCUCUCAAACCUUGGGAGACUUUAUCAAAGAGUUUUUGCAAAUUGGUGUUUUUCUAGCAACUCUAGCUUUCAUGAUGGAGGAAGGAUUGUGAUUGCAUGGAAGUCUGGAUGUUUUAAUGUGAAUAUAGUGGCUGCUUCUAGUCAGUUUGUGCAUUGCCAUGUUACUCUAGAGUUGUGGAGGGAUUUAGGAUUACUUAACACUCAGGAUCCAUGGAUUCUGUGUGGUGAUUUUAAUAGUGUGAUGGCAGUUGAUGAAAGAAUUGGGGCCCCUGUCAUACAGAGUGAUAUUGUUGAUAUAAGUAAUUGCUUUCACAACUGUGGAAUGGAGGAUAUCAAAAGUGUGGGGAAUUUCUUCACAUGGAAUAACAAGUAG